GCUUUAUUAACUUUCUACACUUUUCCUGGACUGGACAACACACCCGCUGUGCAAGUCAUCGCAUUAAGUUCAAGCAGCUUGAAAAUAUUUGUUUUGAAUAUGGCAAGGCUGUCGUUACAAGUGGUCGGGGUGUUUCUGUGCAUGGUUGUCGCCUGCUCGGCGUCUUCAGUCGCAAUUUCCCGGAAGACGAAUAAUCCCAUGACCGCAUGGCUGGGGGUUAGUCAAACGCGGGGGGUGGUCGCCCCAAUUACUCGCUGCGGGGGAGUUGCAACGCCACUCCAAUUGCGCAUUUCAGGCUGUGAAGGAUACUGUCGUUUCCAACCUGGAACGGUGUACGAUUGCGAAAAAGAUUUUAUGCCAAGCUCGCCGGCUACGUCUCUCUCCCUCAGGGUUGAGGUAUGCGCCCGGCCACUGUGUUUUACUAUUUUGACCGCAGAGAUCCCCAACUCAUCGGUGCAGCCAGGUUUCGUCUAUACGGCCAAAUACUCUAUCGUUCCAAAUGACGUCUUCUCCGGACAGACGAUCCAAUUUUACGCGUACAUUUACCACACCGACAGCUCUUUGUUAGAAGUGUGUGUAUCCGCAGAUGUGGAUAUUAAUUGAAUUGAAUUAAAUAAUUGAAUUAAAUUGAAUUGAAUUAAAUAAUUGAAUUGAAUUGAAUUGAAUUAAAUAAUUGAAUUAAAUUGAA